AUGAAGGAAAUAGGAGGUCCACGUGGGCGGGAGAAUCGCAACAACCGAAGAGGGUUUCCGUAUCAUCAUCAGCAACACUUUCACCACCACCAUCGCACUGAACAGAAUUUUGAUUAUAACAUACGAAGUGCUAUUGGUAAUAAUUAUAAUUAUAUCGAAAAUCAAUCAUUAUUAAUAAUGAAUAGAAGUAGUAGAAACACUGCUCAUUACCCAAAUAAUGGCCGGAGAGAUCCGAGAAAUAAUGACAAUAUUAAUUAUCAUCCAUAUCCACAGUCAGCAUCACACAUUUCAACCAAUCAUAGAUAUUCUUCAUAUAGUAAUGACAAAAUAGAAAAACCAUCAUCUAGUGGAGGCAAUAAGCAAGUAACAUUUAAGGAAGCUCAUUCUGAACAACCUAAUGCACAAAACUCCGUACAAUUUUCUUCAACCUCUCAUUGUGCAGUCUGUAGAGAGUUGAAAGUAGACUUGAUGUGCAAGGGUUGUUCAAAAUGUAUACAUAGCCGUUGCUGUAGAGAUGUCAUUCCUAUAGAAAAAUCUUCAUUCUAUUGCCAGGAUUGUUAUACUGUACAGGUUCAAAUUAAGAGAGAUUGCUCUGAUGUGGUUUGUUUGGAAAACAAAAGUAAAAAAUUGAUAAGACUAGAGAACGCGACCGAUUUUCUAGUCACGUGUCCACUUUGCAACCGAAAUUACAAGAGAAGUGCACUCGACAGCCAUCUUUCUUUUCAACAUGUGAAACAUAUUGAAUUUGAUCAUGAAGAUAUAAUACCGAUACCUUUACCGGAAAAUAAUUUUAAUCAUUUAUCAACAUCUCCAUUAGAGGAUGAAUGGAAUAUUACAUUCUCCAAAUAUUUACUUGUGGUUGGAUUUGACAAAUCAGCUUUGGAAGAUACUGUUCAUACAGUACGCUUUUCUAAUACCAAAUUUCAAGACAACAAGAAAGGAGUGUGUCUUAUUGGAUGUGGCUCUUCUCGAGAAGCCUAUCAACUGGGAUGCUUUCUUAGAAAGCAACGUGUAGGUGACAGCAAUCACCCAAUGAUUUAUUUCAUUAAGCCAUACAGGGCGUUACAAUUAUUGGAAUUAAGUAGAUUUGGCGGUUCUAACGAACCUUCUCUCAGCCAAACUGAAACUACAUUGAAACGCCUCAUUUGUGAUAACGUUAAAUUUGUUGUGAAACAAUGGACAUGGAGAAAGGAUAACGGUAUAAUAACGUUUGAUGAUGAAGACCAUUGUAUAUUAGUGAUGUGGUAUUAUUAUCUUGAUGACCCGAGAUCAAACAAAGAUUGUAAAUUAAGGUUUCUAAAGGAGUCUGUUUGGCGCCAGACUCAACCUUCUACUUACUGUGAAAUUAGGAAUAUUCCUAUAACAUUCAAUUUAGAAAGUUUGUGGCAUUCUUUAAUGGAACAAGUUAGUUUGGUAAUAACAAACAACACUGAAACUGAAAUAGUUGAACAUGCCCUUGUGCAGACGAUGGAAUGGACUGGUACUUGUAUUAAGGUUCGUCUUCGAACAAAAGAGUUCGCUCAAGUAUUCAAACUUGCAUUGGAUGGUAUGUCAUUUGAAGGAUUUUUGCUUCAAGUGGUGUACCUAGAGUACAUUGGAUUGAGCAAAUAA